AUGGAUGCCAAAGUCAAGCAACACUAUUUGGCAGACUCUCCUCCUACAGUGGUGCGCUUGGAAGUCAAGUCUCACUUUGACAACCUCAAAGACCAGAAGCUGCGUAAAUACGCACACUAUCUGAGCAGGGCUGCCUUUGAGGGCGCUCGCAUUACCCUCCGCCAGGUCUCACCGGAGUCGGAGCCUAUUUACGACCUCAUUAUCGAACUUCACCGGGCUUGCGAUGGUAAUUGGACCGACCUCGCCCGUAAAACAGGCGUCAGUGAUGAGAAUUUGCGCUUCUUUUUGGAAUAUGCAGCUCAGUUCCUUGGAAACUGUGGUAAUUACAAGGGCUUUGGCGACUCGAAAUUCAUUCCUCGGUUACCUGUCGAAGCUUUUCAGGCUUUAGCUUCUCUCACACCGAAGACGAGAGCUGCCUUUGCCUUGGCCAACACAUCUGGAGGUGGCAUCUACGAAACCGAUGUGCAGUCGCGUAUGCACCUUGGAUAUUCGGAAGGGGAGCACAUGACGACAUAUUACCCCGAUUCACCGUCUAUCACAAAGGAUGAGAUCACGGCUGUCAGUGAUCUGAUGGAGCAGAAAGGAUUACCGUUGGAGAAUACGAGACUCAGGAAAACGGAGUCAGGCGACUUUGAAUUGUUGAUCGCAUCGGGUGUCUCCUCUCCACCUGCACGCGACAGAGAUCUCGGUGAAGCCGAGGCCUUGGAACUGGAUGGAAAGCUCGAGGGCAAGAAGCUUCGCAUUGUCUUUGGUGACCAUCGUGAGGAAAUGGCGAAGAUCGCUCACAGCGUCAAGCAGGCGGGCCUCCACGCGGCAAACGAUAACCAAAAGCGGAUGUUGGAUGCAUACGCGAUGUCGUUUGGCUCUGGUUCAAUUGAAGCGUUCAAAGAGAGCCAGAGAAUCUGGGUAAAGGACCAGAAGCCGGCAUUGGAAACGAAUUUAGGGUUUGUAGAAACCUAUAGAGACCCGCAUGGUGUAAGAGGAGAAUGGGAAGGAUUUGUUGCUUUGGUCAACUUGGAGCGGACACGCGCUUUCGGUAAGUUGGUGGAUAGUGCCGAGGCCAUGAUCCCCAAGCUUCCAUGGGGUCAGGACUUCGAGAAGGACAAAUUUCUCAGCCCCGACUUCACGUCUCUGGAGGUUUUGAGCUUCCAGUCUUCUGGCAUCCCUGCUGGCAUCAAUCUGCCCAACUACGAUGACAUUCGGCAAAAUCUGGGAUUCAAGAACGUUUCCCUUGGCAACGUUCUUAGCGCUAAAGCUCCUAAUGAACCUGUUCCCUUCAUUGCCGACAAAGAUCUGGAGGUCUACCGCAACUGCCGCGAUGCUGCGUUCGAGGUUCAGGUAGGGAUUCAUGAAUUACUCGGUCAUGGAACCGGAAAGUUGCUCCAGGAAACGGCCCCGGGUGAAUACAACUUCGACAUUUCGAAUCCUCCCAUAAGCCCGGUUACGAACAAGCCUAUUGCGUCCUGGUACAAGCCCGGCCAGACUUGGGGCUCGGUGUUUGGAGCUCUUUCGUCUUCCUACGAAGAGUGCCGCGCUGAGUGCGUUGCAAUGGUGCUCAGUUGCGACUUCAGUAUCCUGAAGCUGUUUGGUUUUGGUGACGGCAAGGAAGAUCUUGGCAGCGAUGCGGGUGACGUUCUCUUUGCUGGAUACCUGCAGAUGGCUCGCGCUGGUCUCGUCGCCCUGGAGUUCUGGGAUCCCAAGACCCAGAAGUGGGGACAGGCCCACAUGCAAGCUCGGUAUAGCAUCCUACGCACCUUCCUCGAAGCUGGUGACGACUUUGUCAAGCUCUCAUACGGCGAGGAGGAUCUAUCUGAUCUAGAGAUUCACUUGGACCGUUCCAAGAUCUUGACUCACGGCCGACCGGCCGUGGAGAAGUACUUGCAGAAGUUGCAUGUCUACAAGAGCACCGCAGAUUUCGAAGCGGGCAAGAAGCUCUAUGACGACAUUACAUCUGUCGAUGAGUGGUGGGGCACCAAGGUCCGCGAGAUCGUAUUGAAGAACAAAAUCCCUCGCAAGGUAUUCGUACAAGGCAACACUAUCCUCAACGGGGAUGAAGUGACCCUUAAAGAAAACCCGGGGUCUGGAUUCCCUCCGGCCAAGGCCCUCUCAGUGGAGUUCACGAAGCUCCCAACAAUAACCAAGGACAAGACGGCUAUCCCCCAGCAUCGACACAUAAAUCCCGACGCCUUGUCGUGGUCACCGAAUUCAUCUGGCUCGCCUGCCACGGCGCGGCCGUAUUUGACAGACUCCGUAGCGGAGGAAGACGACGACGACUUCUAUACCGCGCCGCCCCCGCCGCAUUCUCCGUACUCGGAGGCUUCCUCUAGUCUCUCUUCGUCGCGCCCUCCCCCCUUUUCCUCUCUUGUCUUCGCUCCUGCGACCGAAUUUAAUCGUGGGAAGGUUACUUUCUCCCCGCCCGAAUCCGCCUCGGCUCCAACCUCUGUUCCUCUGCCGCCCGACGAAGAGCCUCUCGAGCCGAGCCCUUCAUCGUCCUUAGUCGCAGAAACUAAGGCUUCUUUCUCCCGGGACCAAAAAUCGGAAUCUCCGGGGAAAUCCACAGACGAGGGAGAACCUCCUCCGCCGUAUACUGAAGGAUCCAGUCCCAUUGAAUCAUUCACAUACGUGAUGGCUGCAGCAGGAGGCGCCUCGAGUAUCAUUACUCAGGUGCAGCAGACAGGAGGGCCACCGAUCAACACAUUAGGAGAUAUUGGUGGGGAUGAGCACAUCACUCUUGAUCUCCGAGGAACUCGGUUCACGCUUUCUCGAGACGAGCUGCUGACUUUGCCGGAAUUCGUCCUUCUAUCGCUUUUUCCGAACGGUUUACUUCCCGACGGACAUAUGGGUACCUUCCAUGAAGGAGAUAUUUACCCGGUCGACUACGACCCGGCUUCUCUACAAUAUAUGCUAGACUUUUUCCGCUCGGUUGCUCAAUCCAUCCCGUCUUCCUCGCCUUCUGCAUCGACCUCUCCAGACCUGGAUGUUGCCCCCGAUUCCAUGCAAGGAACCGCUAGAGAUAUGCUUCAGGACCGUGCGGGUAUCAUCGUACUACGCGAGGACCUUGAUUUCUAUGCGAUACCGCCCCGCCCUGAUAUAGAGCACACCGAAAUGAUCGAGGUCAAGCGUGCGGCUGCCAGAGCAUUGUUGAAACAAGACGGGAUAUUUUCCGGGCUAAGAAAGAGCGACGAAGUUGGUUCAACAGAACAGCAUCUCAUCGAGAUGCUCACUGCAGGCGGGUUUGAUCGCGACGACCGGUGGGGCCAUCGUGCCCCAGAGCCUAAUAAGGCGGUGAUAUGUAGCUUAGCUCUGGCCAAACUGCGUACUGACAUUCGAGGUGACAUAUCGAACAACAACGCAGUUGGCAUGGCUCAGAAGCUUCUCUUGUUCUGGAGGAAACCAGCUAGGAGAUGCUGGUGGGAGGGCAUCGAGCUAGACGACGUGGAGGGUGUUGAAGGCAAGGUGAAAAUUUGGAUCCGUAGAGUAUGGACUCUAGAAAUGAGUGUCAUUGGGCUUCGAUAG